ACGGUACGGGGGGGGGUGGGGGGGACAGCGCUGCGCGGGGCUUGCGCGGGGCUUGCGCGGGGUUUGCGCGGGGGCGGCGGCUGGGCACAAAGGGAAGGCGGGCGACAAUGGGGAGUGCUGCGCCUGGGAGCCGCGGGCGGGCUGUGAAUGAAACUCUGGCGCCAGUGAGAGUGGAAGGCUCGGGCUGGGGCUCGCUCCUCGCCGUAAACAAUUGUCUCCGAGGGGCUCUGGAGGCAGACCCGAGCGGUCGCCGUGCGUGUUUAUGGAGACAAAGGAGGGAAGAAGCAUGUCCCGUCUGUCUCUAACACGGUCCCCAGUUUCUCCUCUGGCUGCUCAAGGAAUUCCUCUCCCCGCUCAACUCACCAAGUCGAACGCUCCUGUGCACAUCGAUGUAGGAGGACACAUGUACACCAGCAGCCUGGCUACCCUGACGAAGUACCCGGACUCCAGAAUAAGUCGUCUGUUUAAUGGCACUGAGCCUAUUGUCUUGGACAGUUUAAAGCAACAUUAUUUCAUUGAUCGAGAUGGUGAAAUUUUCAGAUAUAUAUUAAGCUUCCUAAGGACAUCUAAGCUACUGCUCCCAGAUGACUUUAAGGACUUUAAUCUUUUAUAUGAAGAAGCAAAGUAUUACCAGCUGCAGCCAAUGAUUAAGGAACUUGAACGAUGGAAACAAGAGAAGGAACAAAGGAAACAUUUCCAGCCUUGUGACUGCUUGGUUGUAAGAGUGACUCCAGAUCUGGGGGAAAGAAUUGCAUUGAGUGGGGAGAAAGCUUUAAUAGAAGAGAUUUUCCCUGAGACCGGGGACGUCAUGUGCAACUCCGUAAACGCAGGCUGGAACCAAGACCCUACCCACGUUAUUAGGUUUCCUUUGAACGGAUACUGCCGGUUGAAUUCAGUGCAGGUGCUCGAAAGAUUAUUUCAGAAGGGAUUUAACGUGGCAGCUUCAUGUGGUGGUGGAGUGGAUUCCUCUCAGUUCAGCGAAUACGUCCUGUGUCGCGAAGACAGACGACCACAACCUACUCCAACGAUCAGGAUAAAACAGGAGCCCCUGGACUAGACCCUACCCAUACUCCUUUGUAACCAUAGAAGUGUUUAAUAGUCCCUUAUGUGAAACACAAAGGAUUUGCAAAACAGUAUUAGCAAACAGAUUUUGACUUUAUGUUGCCAGUUAGUGGUAUUCUGAAACUACCUGUCACAUAGCCAGCCAUGAAAUGCAUUUGAAAAACCAGUUGUCCGUUUUUCACGAUGAAAUACUGAGCAUGCUCAGCAUACCAGGUUUGGUGGGAAUGUACUUUGAGCUGAACAGCUGUGGUGGUGAAAAAGGCAAAGCUUCAUAAACCCCUGACCCUAGAUUGGACUUCUGUGGAAAGACCAAUUAAAGUGAUUUGAAUCUAUCAGCAGGAGAAAUGAUUCCGACAGCCUUUCCAACGAUACCCUGACGUGAUGCGUGGAAGUGGGGGCCUCCAAGAGGAAGAUGGUACAUUAAAAACUGCACUGAGUAUCUUCCCUGACUGCCACACCUCCUUCAUAUCAGAUGUGCUUUACACCUCCACACAUUACAUUACACAACUCUUCUGUGAUUGUACUCCUUCACGCUAGCAAAUGGCUUAUUUUUAUACAACAUUUCCAACUGAAGUAUCUCUGUGGACAGAAUCCGGAACCAGAAAAGGACCAAUUUAUAGUCAACUGGUGCUCAGUAUUAAAAAACACACAAACAGACCAAACAAAAAAAGCAACAAAAAAUUGAUGAGGCCAAUUAUGGCAAUACUUGCAAAAGUAGGGAUCUGGAAGCACAAAAUAAAACUCCAUCUACCAUCAAACAAGGGCCACAUACCUAUUGUGGAGCUGUAGUUCUCUUAAAGCCAGUCGUGUUUUGACUCAGAAACUAUAAGUUUUGCAUCAUCAAAGAAGCGUGGUUCUCCCAAGCAAGCUCUGCCACCUCUUGUUGUUCAUUUACUAACCAUGUUAUAAGCCCACAUUUAGGAGGAAACACUAAGAAUUUUGGACAAGCUAUUCUUUAUGGGUCUGGAAUUUUUGCAAAAAGAUGUUAAAAACCUCUACUUCCACUGUCUGAUGAAAGCAGGUCACGUUUUGUUUAGAGUGUUUUUCCUCUAUUAUUUUAAACUAUUAUUAAAAUACUGAUUCUGUAGCUGCCCUCUAUCUGUUUAAUUGUAUUUUUAAAGAAGCUCAUGGUCUGUAGGAGGUUACUCUUCCAUUCAUGAAUCAGUAUCGAGACUCUGACUUACAGGGCUUCCUAACUCAGGAGACAGCACCAUGUUUGCAGGUGCAAGGUUAUAAAUAGCAUUCUGCUAAAUCCUGUUUAUUGCUGUUUAGCAUGAUUGGGUCCUUAAUAACUAAUUCAUGUGUUAAUCACUAUUUAGUUUCUCCCACAUUAAGUUAUAGAAUACUGUUGUAGAUGCUGAAUUUUAAUUAAACAUUUUAGAUGAGUAAAUACAGCCAUAUAUAACAGUAUUAAAUGGUCAACAAUUCUUUAAUACCUAAUGAUUGCAAUCAGACAAAAUAAAGAUUCAAGUUUAAGACUAAUAUUUUCAAAAGCGAUGAGCUGUACUAAAUAUCCAAGUUACAAUCUAGGCAGAGGUCUAAUUUUUGGAAAAGUGCUGGAUACCUGACCAUAGAAAAUCAGACCUCUGCAGGUUUUUUCAUCUUGCUUAUCCAAACCAGAGAUCUCUUAUGAAAAUCUUAGCCUAUACAUAUUGGCCUGCUAACUUAGCAGAACAGUUGAGCAAAUCUGUCUACUUCAAAAGAGUUGUAAAGCUAUUUUAUUUUGUGGUUUUAUACUUGUAUGACAUUCUAAAGUUCCUAGGCAUUGCCAUAUUUGAAUAUAUGGCACAGCGUUCACCUUUGUAUGUAAGAUAUCUGUAGAAUUGUAUAUUAUACAUUUAAUAUUGUAAAGAACUUAACGUAUAAUUGUCAUGUAUUUGUGUAUGCACAUUUCUUAUACAGUACUUCAUGCCAUAAACAUUUCUGUAAAGUAAACGA